AUGCUUUUAGCCACCUUCGUUCUCAUUGCCUACACCACUGUGGUUGGCGCUUUAUGGCCCGAGCCCACUGAGAUGGCCACGGGAGGUCAAACAUUCUGGGUGACUCCUGGUGGCCUGACUGCAGUUCUUCGAUGUGACCAAGGAGAAACUGUCCUGGCUGGUCAGGAUCACCGAUGGUCUGCGAACGAUCUGGGCAUUUUAAUGACCGAUGCCUCCAACUGGACCCAAAUGCUGUGGGAUAGAGUCCCCUCCUUUUUCGGCUACUGGUCUGGCGCUCGGGUCGAACCAGUGCUCACCGAAACCCUCAUCCUCCGAAAUGCGGUCCACGAUACAUUCAAGUCGAUCGACAAGUCCAACUUCAUUCCCUGGAAGUCCCAUCCAAGAAACUCGCAAUUCGAGCCGCCCGUCCAUGGUCGACAUCAAUACGUAUCAAAGCUGGAGAUUCAGCUGAAAUCAUGCCCCGACGACGAGAAAUUGCAUCCACGGAAAUUCUUCGAUGGCGACGAGGCUUACGAGCUCUUCAUUCACAACAGCACAGCCAUCCUCCGUGUGGAAAGCACGUUAGGGGCCCUUCGAGGACUUCAAACCUUUCAACAGCUGUUCUACCGCCACUCCGGCGCAAGUGGGCAUUACACAGAUCUUGCACCUGUAACGUUGUCCGAUCGUCCAAAAUGGAAACACCGAGGUAUCAGUAUCGACAUUGCGAGAAAUCCUUUCAAACCUCGUGACCUCAUUCGCACCAUCGACGCCAUGGCCAGUGCCAAAAUGAGCAGAUUACACGUCCACGCUACAGACUCUCAAUCAUGGCCGAUAGAAAUCCCCGCCUUGCCCACCCUGGCCCGAAAAGGGGCAUACCACCCUGAUCUUGUGUGGACGACCAAAGCUCUCGAGAAGAUUCAGUCUUAUGGCGUUUCAAAAGGGAUCUCCGUGUUCCUCGAGAUUGACAUGCCAGGCCAUACUGCUUCGGUGGCACACGCCUAUCCACAACUGAUCGCCGCAUUCAAUGAGCUUGAUUGGUCGACAUUCGCGGCCGAACCACUCAGUGGUCAGCUGAAGCUCAACUCGCCGGAAGUGACGACCUUCGUAGCCGACGUCCUGAAUGAUCUACUUCCACGGACUCAGCCGUACACAUCGCUCUAUCACAUCGGAGGCGAUGAAGUCAAUCUGCCGGCUUAUCUGCUGGACGAAACGGUUCAAAGUGAUGAUCCCGCGAUAUUACAGCCGCUCUUACAGAAGUUUAUUGAUCGCAUUGUCAGGAUCGUCUCCAGUUUUGGGCUACAGCCGAUAGUCUGGGAGGAGAUGCUGCUCGACUGGAAUCUCACCCUUCCCUCAGAUGCGACAGGACAACAUUCGGCAAGUACUCUCGUGCAGGUAUGGCGGAAUAGUAAGCGAAUUGAGGAGGUACUGAGGAGGGGCCACCGAGUCAUCUUCGGUGAUUAUACCCACUGGUAUCUUGAUUGUGGUUACGGCAACUUCAUCGACCCUUAUGCCUCCGGGGUUUCACCUCCCGGUAUUCCGUUCAAUACCUCAGGCGGGGUUCCCAGCAAAACGACGGUCCCGUACCUCGAUUACUGUGGUCCAUAUCACAAUUGGCGCCACAUUUACAGGUAUAAUCCAUUGGAGAACGUCAGCAGUAGCCUUCAUCAUUUGAUCGAGGGAGGUGAGGUUUUGAUGUGGUCUGAACAAACGGACUCGUUCGACCUUGACACAAAGAUAUGGCCAAGGGCUGGAGCUGCCGCUGAAGUGCUUUGGUCCGGACCGAGAGAUGACUCGAUGUUGGAGGAUGCCACCAGGCGUCUGGGCGAAUGGAGAGAAAGGGCCGUAACUGAAUUUGAUAUCAUGAUGUCGCCCGUGCAAAUGACAUGGUGUUUGAUGGAGGGUGGCUGUACUCGGUAG